AUGCGUCUCACUUUGACCUUGCUAGUGCUAGGCCUUUCCUGCCGCCUUUGCAACGGAAAGAAGGAAAACGACACUGUCGUACAGAACCACAUCAAGGCCCUUCGAAAGGAGCUCUUCAAGGACCGUGGCUAUGACAUCAUGUCCCGGCCGGUGCUCAACUACAGCCACCCCACUGACGUGCACAUCUGGCUCGACCUGAACUACAUCGUCGACCUGGACCUUCGAACCGGGGUGCUCACCACCGAGGGCUGGCUCCGCCUGUGGUGGGUCGAUGAGCAGCUUCGCUGGCGCCCGGACGAAUUCGGCGGCAUCGUCGACAUUCGCGUCACCGCCGGCGAGGUCUUCCGGCCGGACAUUGUCCUCCUCAACUCCGUCCAGCCGGAGAACAUCAUCCGCACUAACACCCAUUCAGAUCUGCUUCUCUACGAAAGCGGCCAUCUGGUUUGGGUCCCAGCGCUGUCAAUGCGGACCGUCUGCGCCGAGCUCGACCUCUCUGAAUGGCCCACCGACCGGCAGAGCUGCGAGUACCACUUUGCCUCGUGGACCUACGAGGGCAGCUCGCUGAACCUGGUGAACGCCUUCAUCUACAUCGGCCAGAUGAUCAUCCUCGUCGCCUUCUCCCUCCUCUGGUCUUCAGUUGCCUUCACCCUCAGCACCAUGAACUCCUCAAUCUCGCCGAGG